AAUCUGUUAAUUUUUAAUCACCUCUCUGUAAUCAAUUAUCUGAGAAAAGUAGUACUCAGCAUGGAGACAUGGUUGCUCAUCCUCAGCUCCAUCUUUAUCUCUAUGUUCCUCAUGUUAAUUCUCUCUGUCCAUCCCAAGACGAAGCAGCUUCCGCCAGGACCCUUUACCAUCCCCAUAAUCAGCGGCUUUUUAUGGCUCCGCAAACCCUUCACGGAGCUUGAGCCAGCCAUCCGGAAUAUCCAGGCCCACUACGGCCCAAUUAUCACCGUCCAAAUUGGCUCCCAGCCCUCCAUCUUCAUCUCCAGCCGCUCCUUGGCCCACCAGGCCCUGAUCCAAAACGGCGCUGUCUUCGCCGACCGCCCACCAGCCUCGGCCACCACCAAAAUAUUCAGCAGCAACCAACACGAAAUCAACUCUGCCCCUUACGGCCCCACGUGGCGCCUUCUUCGCCGCAACCUCACCUCAGAAAUGCUCAACCAUUCUCGCUUGAAAUCCUACAACGGGGCUCGCAAAUGGGUCCUCAACAUCCUCGCCAACCGCCUAAUGAAAUCUCAAUCCAAAUCGAACGGAGUCAAAGUCAUAGACCAUUUCCAAUACGCCAUGUUCUCGAUGCUUGUACUUAUGUGUUUUGGUGAUAAACUUGAUGAGAAGCAAAUAAAUCAAAUACGACAUCUCCAAAGACCGCAACUGCUGACUAAUGGCCGGUUCAACAUUCUCAAUUUUUGCCCUUCAAUCACGAAAAUUGUAUUGAAGAAGUGGUGGGCGGAGUUCCUCCAGUACCGAAAAGACCAAGAAGAUGUCCUAGUCCCUCUAAUUAGAGCCCGGAAGGAGGCCAAGGUAAAAGAGGAGGGUGAAAAUUAUGUGCUAUCUUACGUCGACACGCUCUGUGGUCUUGAGCUUCCUGACAAGAAGAGGAAGCUGACUGAAGAUGAAAUCAUAAGCCUAUGUUCAGAAUUUAUGAAUGCAGGUGUAGAUACUACUACAACUGCAUUACAGUGGAUCAUAGCAAACAUUGUCAAGUAUCCAACGGUUCAAGAGCAGCUUUUUGUAGAGAUUAAAGGAGUUGUGGGGGAAACAGAGGAGGUGAGAGAGGAGGUCUUGCAGAAGAUGCCUUAUCUACAAGCAGUAAUCUUGGAGGGGCUGAGGCGCCACCCGCCGGCCCAUCUUUUGAGUCCGCAUUCUGUCACACAAGAUAUCAUUUUGGGAGGUCAUGUGGUGCCUAAGAAAGGCACGGUCAAUUUUUUGGUGGCGGACAUGGGGUGGGACCCAGAGGUGUGGGAGAACCCUAUGGAUUUUAAGCCGGAGAGGUUUUUGAAUAACGGAAAUUAUGAGUUUGAUAUAACUGGGAGCAAAGAGAUUAAGAUGAUGCCGUUUGGGGCUGGGAGAAGAAUUUGCCCUGGCCUUGGUUUAGCGUUGCUUAAUCUCAAGUAUUUUGUGGCGAAUUUGGUCUGGAAAUUCGAGUGGAGAGGUUUAGAAGGAGAGCAUGUUGACUUGACUGAAAAGCAAGAGUUUACCAUGGUCAUGAAGAAUCCAUUGAAGGCUCACAUUUCACCAAGAGUCGUGAAAUGA